CCAGAAAUGAGUGGAAUGCUAUCUUAAACAAGUCAAAAAUCUGUUACAGCCCUUAUUAAAUACUACUUAGAUGAAGGAAGAUUUUAAAAAUCCUACAGAAUUACAACUGAUUACCCCAUUCAGACAUUGGUAAAUAUGUCCCUCAAUCCAAGUCGACCUUCCUCAUCAGAGUUGGUGGAACUUCAUGUUUUUUAUGUUCCUGAAGGAUCGUGGAACUAUAAGUUAAAUACCAUUUCAAAAGAAGUUGUUAACAAAUUCAUUUCAGCUGGAUUUAUAAGAAUAUCUCCUCACCUUACUUUACAAGCCCUGAGGGAGCGUCUUGGUGAGUUCCUUGGUGAAGAUGCUGUUGCAGAAAAAUUUUUAUUUCUGAAAUGCAUUGGAAAUAAUCUAGCUGUGGUGAAGGCAAAGCAGGAAUCAGAACUGAAACUCAAAUCAUUUGCUCCUCCAUAUGCUCUUCAACCAGAAUUAUAUUUGCUUCCUAUAAUGGAUCAUUUAGGAAAUAUUUAUUCAGCAUCAUCAACAGUUUCUUUAGACGGGCGGCAGACUAAUAAUGGUGUUGCUGAUGGAAUAAGCCACAGACCAGUUAGUGUAACUUUGCCAAAGGAAGAACAUGGAACAGACCCCAGUUUUCUAGAAAACACUUUGAAAGAGCUUCUUAACAAGAAUCAGAAAGAAGCUGGGGGAAAAACCACUCCAAGUGAAACUCAGACCGGAAAAAAUCAAGUGGGAAAUUCUGAAUUGCCAGGGUCGCUGGAAGAUUCAGAUAAUGAUCAUUGUAGCAGGAAAAAAAGUCAGUUUCUUUGGAAAAAUGAAGAUGAUAGAGUUAAUAUCAUUAGAAGAGAGGACAAUCAGAUAAGUAAAACCGACUACCUCACCCUACCAGAUCUUAUUGAUUUUCCUUCAGUUCCUUGUCGACCUGCUCUUUCUCCAAGAAUAACUGAUAUCUCUUUAUUACAGAUUGAGAGAGAGAAGAUUAUCGAACAAAUGAAACAAGUGAAGGAAGAAAGAAGAUAUCUGGAAAGAAUUAGAGGAGAACUAAUAAAAAAAACUGAAAGGCUAUUUGAACAAGGCAAAUUGGAGCAAUAUCAUGCCUGUGAUAUUUGGAAGAAAAAGUACAUUGAAACAAAGAAAUUGACAGCAUCGUUGGAGGAGAUUUUAACAAAACUUCGAGAAGAUUUGGAACUUUACUAUAAAAAAUUGCUCAUGCAACUUGAAACCAGGGAGAUCAAGAUGAGACCUAAGAAUCUGGCAAACAUCACAGACUCUAAGAAUUGCCUUAUCAUCCAGAUCACUGAGGUUCAGCAUGCUAUUGACCAACUUAAGAGAAAACUGGAUACUGACAAAAUGAAACUCAUAAUAGAAGUUAAGAUGAGAAAACAAGCAGUUUCAGAUUUAUGCACAUUGAAAGCUGAACUGACACAGAAUUUAAUACAUCUUUACAAUCUCAAUUAG